GGCGCGUCUUGCGUAGUGUGCGUUACACCGCGUGUUUUUUUCGUUCUGUGGUUAAUUCAAGGUAAGACAAACGGUAAUUGUAUAUCUUGAUAUACCUUUUAUGCUUGGGACUUCAUUUGUCACUGAUUUCUGCGUUACACAGAGCUUUUGAAACAUAGUGUUGAAAAAUCACAAUUUUCCAUCUGCUAGCGGAUUAUCAGGAGUAUUGAAGCUGGUAUCUAAGCGAAGUGAUUCAGUCGAAACCAUCGUGUUUACGUUAACUGUAGUCGUACAACGCUUAUAUGACGUUCAGUCAUUUGGGUUUGAUUAAAGAGUUGUGUUCAGUAUGUCAGCAUAUGAAGUGGGAUUCUCCUACAAAAAUACAACUGAAAUCGAUUCCUUUCGCUCUUGAAGGAAAAGAUAUUGUUGGGAUUGCUGAAACGGGAUCUGGUAAAACAGGAGCUUUCCUUCUACCCAUAAUUCAACAUUGGAUUAAAUGUGGUCAACCAGUUGGUUUUGCAUUAAUUUUGGCUCCUACUCGUGAAUUGGCUCAACAAUUAGCCAAUGAGGCUGAACGUUUAGGACAGUGCAAAACAGAUGAGUUAGAAUUUCAUUUAGAAGUAAUUCUUCUUGUCGGUGGUGAAGAUAUGGUAGAUCAAGCGUUAAAACUUGCAUGGAGAAAACAUCAUUUCAUUGUGGCAACUCCUGGACGUUUAGUUGAUCAUUUAAAACAAUCAGUAAAUUUUGCUACACAACAAUUAUCAAAUAUUCGUCAUUUAGUAUUAGAUGAAGCUGACAGAAUGUUAAAUAUGGCUUUCGCUGAUGAUAUUGACAAAAUAUUAAAUUUAUAUGACAGACCAAAAUCAAAAGGAAAGAAACGUAAACGAAAGACAAAACCACUGUUAGUUCAAUUAGCCGAUAAUAAAGAUAAUAAUACUAAUGAUAUGACUAACAAUGACAUUCAGUCAUAUAACAAACAGAUUCAGUCAAUUUCAACCAAAUAUCCUCAUCCACAAAUUUAUUUAUAUUCGGCUACAAUGACAAAAGAUGUUAUCAAACUACGUCGUGCUGCAUUAUCAUCAAAUGCUGUAUUUAUCAAUGAGAAUGAUAAUACCCUUAAUAAUAAUAAUAAUAAUAAUAAUAAUAAUAAUAAUAAUAAUAAUAAUAAUAAUAAUAAUAAUAAUAAUAAUCUAAUGACGGAUAAUCAGAGUACAACAGAAUAUAAUCUUAUACAACAUUCUAAUUCAUCAUUAAAAUUAAAUAAAAAUUUAAAAACUGGUUUCCCUAUUGGUUUAUCACAUUAUUGUCUUCCUAUACGAUUGGCUGAUCGUCCUACAAUAUUAAAUUGGAUUGUAGAAAAUGUGAUACAAACAAAUUUAUUAGAGAAAUUCGGCAUUACUAGUUCUACACCAAGUCGUAAACAUCAUAUCAUGAUAUUUUGUAAAAGAUGUCAUGAAACUAUAAUGGUUUCAGAAUUUCUUCGUGAAUCUGGCCAUUCCAGUGUGGCAUUAACAGGACGUAUGAAACAAAUUGAACGUAAAGAAUCAUUAAAUAAAUUCAUUUCAAGUGAAGUAGAAGUUUUAGUUGCAACUGAUGUUGCUAGUCGGGGACUGGAUAUUCCUCAUGUUGAAUUUGUUAUCAAUUAUAAUGUACCUUUAUCGGAAAAGACCUAUCGACAUCGUGUUGGUAGGACAGCACGAGCUGGUCAAACUGGUGUAGCGUUAACCCUAGUAACACGUGAUGUAGCUCAAAUUUUUUUAGAAUUAGAAGCUGCUUUACUACCUUAUCUUCCAUUAUCAAAUACCAAUAAUAAUAAUAAUAAUAAUAAUAAUAAUAAUAAUAAUAAUAAUAAUAAUAAUAAUAAUAAUUCAUCGGGAAUACCUCGUUGGCCAAUUCCACUACCGGAUUUACAUGGUCGGAAUGGACUGCUAACUCGUCGUCGUCUAGCAGAUCAAGCUUGGUCGAGAGCUUCAAAGACUAUUCGAUCCCAGCUUGAAAGUCAUCGUAAUGUAGACAAUAAUCUAAUCGAUUUCGAUCCAAUAAUGAAUGAAGAAUUAAUUGAGGCUUAUGCUAAUUCUGAUGAAGAUGAGCAUAGUAAUAUCUCUAGUUCAUCAUUGUCAAAUGAUGAGUUAAAUAUCAAUGAAAUAUCAACAAUAUCAAAUAAACACUAUCCUAUUAUCCCAUUAGAUACAUCCGGUCAAGCUGGUAUUAAUGCUGCACGUAAAACAUGGAAAUCUUUAGCUAAAGUACAUAAACUUCAACAAAAAGCAAAAGCAGAAUCAGCAGAACAACAACGUUUAACUAAAUCUAUUGGUUGGGGUAUUACUUUAACAAGAAACACACUGAAUAAUAACAAUAAUGGAUCCGAUGAUAAUGACAUAAUGGAUCGUUUCAAUAAUGAAGAUAUGAAUGAUGGUGAUGAACAAGAGAUAACUCAUUUUGACCAACCAAUUAAAACAAAAUAUGCUAAAAUUCAAUCAAUGAAAAAAGUGAAUAAACUGAAAUCCAAUAAAAUCAAAUGAUGAUAAGGUAACAAUUUUCAUUUGAUUUCUUCAACACUUAUGCCUGUAUAUACAUUUGUCAGUAUUGUUCUCUUGUUUCAAUAAACUGAUUAUUCUGUAUAAAUAAGUCAUUAUGUUUCUGUUUAGCUUUGAUUUUA